UUGCACUAUGAACAAGAAUGGCAAUAACUAAAACAAUCCCCAGACUCAAGAGUGACUGACCUUCCGUGCGUGUGCUAUGUAGCGCUUUUCCCAGGUAAGAAUGCUAGUUGGCCAACCAUUUAAUUUUCCUGCGGAGUCCGGAAGCGGGUGUCCCUGAGUUGCAAAUCGGAAUUUAUAAACAGGGCUCUCCUUGAGAUGUUCUCAGGGUUUCAGAAGUGGGAUGACUACGAGGACGAGUUGUACCAGGACGAUGAAGACUCGAGUUUGUCUGACACUAACAGUGAGCUGGAGUUCCAGCUUUAUUCCCAACUGCACUACAGCGCUGAGAUCCAAGAGGAUCCCGAGGACUCGAGAGAGGUCCAGUCAUCAGUACCACCGACUCGAACACAGCAGAAACCCUUGCCUCCUGCUCCACCUGUAGAUGUUAUCGUGAUUGACUCUGGCACAGAUGCCAUCACGGUGUCAGACAACACGGAGGACGAUGACAGCGUCUGUAAUAGAAAGGGUCAAUCGUCAUCAAAACUUUGGAACAGGAAGUUGCAGACCCAUAGCUUGCUUUCGCCCUCUCUGCCACAAGUUCAAGCAAGAAGGAGCUCCCCAGUUGAUGUUGUUGUGUUGAAUUCUGAUUCAGACGACUCUUCUGAAUCUGUACCUCCUUUUGUGGAGGAUCUGGAUUCGGACUCGGAUGGGACGGAGAACUGGAUGAUCCUGGGCCUGGACAAACAGGAUGGAGAUCAGAACAUACAGCUCAACCUCUCCGUAGAAGAACAUGCAAAUGAUGAAGAGAAUAAACAGAUCUGGGCUGUGUCAAAAAAGGAUAAAGAGGCUCAGAUCUUUAAUAAAGGGUUUUCCCGGAGGCGUCUUUCAGGCCGUUACUACGCUGAAAAAUCCAUCACGUGUCACAACUGCAAAAAGUCCGGCCAUCUCUCCAAAAACUGCCCCACACCAAAGAAGGUGCCGUGCUGCUCAUUAUGUGGGGUUCAGGGACAUGUUCUGAGGAUUUGUCCAAACCGUUACUGUUCUAACUGCUCUCUGCCCGGCCACAUCAGUGACAACUGUCUGGAGAAAGCUUACUGGCACAAACGCUGCCACCGCUGUGACAUGACUGGACACUUCUCUGACGCUUGCCCAGAAAUCUGGAGACAGUAUCACAUUACGACCACUAAGGGACCUCUCUGCAAAGCCAGUGAUCCAGAGGCCUCCAGGAAACCUGCUUACUGUUAUAACUGCUCUAUGAAAGGACACUUCGGCCAUGAAUGCACCCGGAGGAGAAUGUACAACGGGACGUAUCCCACCCUGCCAUUUAUUUCCCGUUACGACACGAAGGAUCACUUCCAUUUCCGGGAAAUUCGAAUCGAAAAGCAGGCCAGAGAACUUGAGCGAGCCGGAUUGCUUUCACCUGACAGAGCCGUCGUUAUACACACCCCCCAACCUCCGAAAAAGAAACAAAAAACCAGCCACAAACAGUCUCCAUACCCAUACAGCGCUCACAGCAACAACCAGUACACACCGAAAAGACGCAUUGCACACACACCCAAACACACACACUUCAACGUCCAGAAGAACCACGGCAAACACACCCCUAAGUUUAAUGAAGCCAAAAAGAAGAAAAAAGUAAAAAGCAAAACACAAUCUGAAGUCAUUGUUAUAGAUGAAGAUGCAGACUUUCCUAGAGGUUGCAAAAAGAGCCUUCACAAGACAAGAGAUGUUUCAUCAGCCAACGUGAAGCCGAAGAAGUUCUUCGGAAAGGAAAAGAACAAUAAAAAGGACAAAAUAACAAAAAAGAAGGAGAGGAAAUGGCAAAAGAGAGAACGGAAAGCUGCUAAAGAUUCUUCCAUGUAUCCCUCUGAUGAAAACCUUUUUCUGAUUAAGCAAAGAAAGGUAAAAGGUAGGAAAAACAUUUAAAAGGGAUGUCAAGCGAUUCAUAUGAGAGUGAAUGAAUCGUCAGGUGGUUCACCUUCUACUUGUGAUUGCUUUCGGUCCGUUCUCUUCCAAUUCACAUGGUUUUGAAUACAGUAUUACGCCUUUUUAAGUUGCUCUUUAAAGACAAAUUCUACUCAAAUCAGACCCUCUCACCCAAAUUCUGUCAAUUUCUCAGUGCUUGGCUUUUAUUCAUAUACUAAUUUGACAUCAAAAAGUGCAAAAUUUUGGGAAAGAUUUAAUGUUUAGCAAAUUCAGGUAUUUUAAAAGCAGGUGUUGAGCUUGUACAUGGCCACUUGAUAGAUUUUUCUAUUUUAUGUACAUGCUGACUUCUGUAACAUUGUGAUUAAAUUAAAGUCUGUUUGUAUUGAUA